GGAUCUUCGGUUCCCACAUUACAAUGACGUGUCUACGUGCUUCGCGUCUCGGCUGCCCCAGCCGGCCGUACAACAAUGGCAUCCAUCCAUGUUCCAGCACACGCUUCCAAUGAGACUCUUGUUGUCCAAUCACAGAGCUCGCAAGGCGAGCAUGGAGCAAAGGAUACAGUAUAGUAUAUACAUACCGGAACUCGCCUUGAGUUACAGGCCUGUUUCAUUUGACCAUUGCUCGGCUGUCUUCAGACUUACCAGUUGGACUAGCAGAAUGGAAGCUACUAUGCCCGGGUGCCUUCAGAACGUAAAUGUGGGCCAGUGGCAACUUUUUAUGACCGCCUUCAUUUACCUCUACCGCUUCCUCUAUAGUUCCACUUUUACGUUCUCAAGGCACCCUACCGAGUACAACAGCAGAUCUGUCUCACGGUUCUCAUGUCUUUCCGAACAAUUGGAGAGCUUGACAGUUUGCUCCACAGCGGCUUCUUCUCCUUUCACGCCAUCUUGGACGAAACUAGCGAAAAGGGGUAGGUUGGCGGUUUGCGCAAAGCGCCAGGCUUCCACGGAAUCAAAUGUUAGAAGUAUACGAAUCUUGCCGUACUUGCAAGAGGCUCACAUCGUUCAUGGUCAUGUUUGUGGGAUGGGGUGAGGCCAAUUAGAUUCCAUUAUCGCCCAAUGCUGCGGUUCUUUUCUUCACAGUCAAAUUCAUAUACUG